AUGACAAAGUGCGUACGGAAAGAUAGCGGAUCUGAUGGGCCGGCUACUGAAUCAACUCGCUCGAGAGUUGACGGUGUCAUCAAAGAUAUCAUCUCCGAUCAUCAGGGUGUUGUCGACAAACAAAUCGCCACGACGGAUAUCAUUCGAAAGGAGCUGUUAAGACUGUACGACAAGCCCAAGGUGUCUCAGCUGGAGGCAGUUCUUUUCAAGAGGAUUACUGAGGAUGAAGCCAGGCACAUCUUGUUUCUUCCGGAUCACGACCAAGCGGCGCACUACCCGACGUUGAUCGCCAACCCUCCGGAGGGGGCGCCUGCGGAGCACCCUCAGCGCGCUCUCCAGAUCCCGCACCUGAGCCUCCUGUACCUGCAUCACUUGAAGCGGUGGGACUUCGUGUCCGCCUUCGUCCUAUCGGGCGGCCUGCACGCCCUCUGCCCCUUGUUCACGCACGACAACCUCGUCGUCAGAAUGAAGGCCAUCACCAGCCUCGUCAGCAUCACCGCCCACCCAGGCUUCGACUGGUUUGCCCCACUUCCUGGCCGCAUCAAAGGCACUGCAAACAACAGCAACGCAAUUGACGCAAGGCUGCACCGCGCACUACUAGGCCUCCGAUCGGAACCCGCGUUCAUCUCCGGCCUCAUCGCUAACUCUUGGAGCGGGGGUGCGGCCGUUGAUGAUACGGACGCAACUGCGAUCGAAGCAACAGAGGGGGGUCGGGGAGGCAAGACGUUUCCCGGCGCAUGUCUGAUGUGCCUGGAGUUGCUGGCGAUGUGGCUCAGCUGGGUCCGCGCCCUGCACACGGUGGAUGGUACGCUCCGGCUCAGCCGUCCCCUGUUCCGCGCCAUCGAAGAGUGGGGGGGUAGAGGUGGCGAGCGAGAGGGAAACAUCGCGUGGAGUGAGAGGCUGCCGCUGCCGACCCUGCCGCAUGCGAAGAAGACGUGUGGCGACGGUAAAGCGGAAGGAGAAGGUGCUAUCGUCGUCGCCAAAGGAGAAAUUGUCGACGUUGCUGCCGUUGGAGCCGCUGCCGUAACCGAGAAGGGAAAAAUGACUCCUGCUGCAGCGUUGAUGGAGAAAGACUCAGCGGCGGCGGCGGCGGAGGCGGCGGCGGCGGCGGCCGAGGGUGACGGGAGUUCGACCGGCGGAAGGGCGCCUGCCGGCGAUCUCGAGGCAGAAACAGCGGCCAUGAUUCAGGCGGAACGCAAGGAGCGCGCCGAGGUGCUCGAGCUCUCGAAGAAGCUCGUGGCCGACUUCGCCCGUUUCCCCCCGGCGGAACAGGAGUGGGAAGGGGUGGAAGAAGACGACCGCGGGGAGAGAAGUGGCGGCGAUCUCCCACUGGGAGGCGGAGCCGCCGCUCCGACACCGACCGAGGAAGGAAAGUCGUCGACGGCAGCGGGCCGGGGCUGCUGCGACGAUGAAGCGCGCGGUUCCGGCGACAGCGGCGGCAGAGAGGAAACAAGCGAAGCAGGCGAGGAGACUCGCUCUUCUCUGCCGUCCGAAGCGACAGAAGUAGCACCGCAGCCUCCUCCGACGUCAGUCUCCACUCGGAAAGCCCUUGCGCUCAAGCUCGAAGGCAACGAAGCUUUCGGAGAGGGACAAAUGCAAGCGGCGAUGGAGGCGUACACAAAGGCGCUUGGCGUUCUGAACGGGGCCGCCACGGAGGCCCGGGCCUUGGAGGGUGCGCCGAAGAAAACGACCACGGUGACGACGACGACGGAAGAGUUGGAAGCGUCUCGGGCCGAGGCUACCGCGCUGAGCGGAGUCCUGCAUAGGAACCGCGCGGCGGUGGCGCUGCGCUUGUUUAACUCUAAGGCGGCGGCGGCGGCAGCGGCCGGGAAAGAAAGAGCCACCCAAGACAACGAAAAGGACGAGGCCGCACCACGAGGUGGUGGGGUCGAUGAUGGUAUCAUCAGCAGCGCCGCCGGCUGUUCGCAACGCCAGCCUUCAACACACCCGACGCCGUCAGGCCGGAGGAGAAGGGUCUCGCCCGGCAGGGAGCGAAGAACCCAAGAAGAAGAAACGGACGACGUGCGCAGAUCCCUCGAGCUGUCGCUCGCGCUGCUGGAGGAGUGCGAGAGUGACUGCUUGAGGGCGAUCGAGGUUGACGCCGGCGACAAGAAGGCCCGCCUGCGGCUGGACAAAUGCCGGGAGCUGCGCCGGAGGUGUUACCGGGGGGGGCUGGCCUCCGCUUCCGCCGGCGGAGAGGGCUGCUCCACUGCCCACUCUAGGCAGGACGAAAGGCUCCAGGGGCGAAAGGCCGACCUUGUUGCCAAGAUCCUUGCCCGAGCAGAAAAGUCUCACGAGAUCACCGGGGGAAGCGGCGGCAGCAAGAAGACGACAACACCCGCUGCCACCACCGCCGCCGCCACCGUCCCCAAGAACUCAUCCUUCUCGACCGCAAGCGACGGCGGUUCUAGCCAUGGCACAACCGCGGUGUCCGGCAACAGCGGCGGCGGCGACGCAAACGAAGCGUUGCUUGCGGGCGCGAGCCGGCACGGUGCCAGGGUUGAGAGCGGCGGCCGCGGCGGCGAUGAUUGUGGGGACCGGGAGGGACUGCCAGCGGCGGCUACCACCAAAGGCGGGGCGGCCCCCGUUCUUGCCCGGCAGGAGGACCGUAUGGUCUCGAACGGAGACCUCGGCAAGAAAACUCAGAAGAAGAAGGUGGCGUCGAAGGAGAAGAAGAAGAAGAGCGGCGAGCACGGCCAAGGCAACAGCGCGUCGCGAUCGUCCCGGCACGGCAAGGCCGACGCGGUGGCCGUGCGGAGCCUCCGCCAGCGCCUGGAGGGCGUCGCCGCGAGAGCGGCAAAGACAGGCACGCGGCAAGACGGUCGGGACAAGAGAGAGGAGGAGGCCGCAAAGGAGGUGUGGAGUGUUCUCGCCGAAGGUGGGGUCUCGCUGGAGAAGCUCUUCGGGGAUGGGAUCACGGCGGAGGCCCUCGUGGGCGUCGCGCUGGGUCUGAGGCACGGAUGCGGGAUCGACGGCGGCACGAGCAAUGCCGAGCGGGCGAGUCAGCUCUUCGUGGAGCUCUCAAGAGUGAAAAGGGUGGGCCUGGUGUCUGCAAUGUGCUCGGCGGACGAAAGGCUGCCCCUACAAGACGCCUCGGAUGGCAUCCGUCGGCACCACGAAGAAAGUCCCAAGGAGCACGUCGGCCGCCGUCGGCCGAAGGGAUGCGGCGGCGGCGGUGGCAACGACGAAGAAAAAGACGAAGCCUUGCCACAGGGGUGUGGGGGGGAGAGUCGCUGGUCGGUGUUCGAAGCUGCUGUUUCCACGCUGGGGUUGUCACGGUAG